AUGGCAUUUUCGAAAAGGAUAAAUGGUCGCUCCUUGGUAUUCCUUGUACUGGCUGUGUGUAUAAUUGUGUCGACAUUGCGUCUGAGAUACACUUCUAGCAAUUAUGAGAUUGCUGUCAAGGGGCCACUUCCUCCAGCAACAUAUGAUGAUCAAAGAAAGAAGUAUAUUGUGUAUGACUGCAGCAAGGCCAACAGUGGGGUUUGUGGUGGCUGGUCCAAAAGAAUGUCUGGUAUUCUUUCCACACUGGUCAUAUCUCUUCUAACAAAACGGCGUUUUCUCAUCAAUCAUGACAAGCCAUGCGCACUUGAGAAUUAUCUGGUUCCGGUCAACUUCGACUGGCGUUACAAUAAAUCUAUACAAAUUAAUACAGCAAGUUCCUAUCAGGAUCUUACUGCACACAAUUCUAAAACCCUAAGGAAGUACUUGACUGGAGACCUUGAUAUCAACACUUACUUUCAUCAGGAUGUCAGUUUUCUUCGUAUGGACUGGGAUUUUACAGAAGAUUUCAGAAAAAGGCCAAAUAUCAAUAGUGAAAUUGCGUGGAUUCAAAAUUUGUCCUAUGCUGAUAUGUACAAACAACUUUAUUAUCUUUUAUUUAAACCAUCGCCUCUCCUUGAAAAUGCAUUAAAAGAUCAAAAUAUGCAUCGUAGCAGACCUAAGCUAGCGUGUGCCCAUGUACGUGUUGGGGAUAAUCCGAACAUGCCUGGAGACGACCGUAGAACUAGACCAAGGAAAGAUAUUAUAUGGCAUCAUUUUGACAAACUAAACAAAGAUGAAUAUGACAUUUUUAUUGCAACUGAUUCAAAUAGCGUAAAGAAACGGGCUAAAAUCCGUUAUCCUGCAAACAUAAUUGACACUCCCGGCAGAAUAACACAUAUUGAACAACAAUACAAAUUCGACCCAUGCGAAGGAUUUCUAAAACAGCUUUUAGAUUUCUACUUGUUGAUAAGCUGUGAUACCCUGAUACUUACCCGAAGUGGGUUUGGAAUGCUUGCAGCGUACCUCAGAGGAACGGAUUCUGAGCUAUACUGUUUACAAGAAGGAGACCUAAUGCCUUGUUCAAGGUACACACUCCAUCACGGACAAAUAUAUCCCGGACAAAUGCAUGCACCAUAAAGUCAGCAAAUGGUUUCCACAGACGAUGAGUUGAUGGUAAAAGAAUAUUUCAUUUAAAGAUCCCUUCACCACUGCAAAACUGUAGCAACACAUUGAAUUGUAUUGUUCUAGCAUGAGUAUAGCUUUGUAUCAUUUUUGAACAGAAAACAUAUAUCUUUCAGGGCAUUUACAGAAAACAUUAAGAUGAAUUUAUCCGAAUUUAAUAAUCCACCGGGGAAAGACCGGGUUUCAAACCCUGGACUUCAGAUUGCAAUAGUUUAGGCCUAAUCGACUAAAUUAAUUGGUCAACAGAAGUGCCCUGACUCAACUGUGUAACAGUUAUAGUCAGAAGGGAAUUAAGGGAAGUCAGUGUAUAUACGAAAUACCUGGGUGGUCGAGUGGCGCAGUCGAUAGCGCACUUGCCUUUCACUAAGGCGGCCGGGGUUCAAUUUCCCGAUCGGACGUGAAAAGGUUGGGGUCACCUGCCCGACCACGUGGGUUUUCUACGGGUACUCUUCACUAAGAACCCCCACGCGUUUAAAUACUUUUGAUAUGUUUUUAAGGUUAUU